AUGAACUCUCCUUACGCUACAAUCGUCGACAAUCCGGACUUUCAUCCGGCGAUGACCGCCGAGAAGAUCGAUCGAGCUCUCCGUGCCGGCGACAAGGACGCCAUCGUGAAGCUCAUCACCUCCAUCAGUAACAAUCAACGACAACUGCUAAGAGAACCAUACCGAAUCAAAUAUGGUAAGGACAUUAUCACCGCGUUGGACAAGAAGUUUAGCGGCGAUCUUGAGAAGACCAUCUUUGCACUUAUGGACACUCCUCUUGACUAUGAUGUCAAGCAGUUAAAGCAAGCAAUGAAGGGUCUCGGAACCGAUGAAGGGGUGCUGAUCGAGAUCUUAUGCUCACGAACACCCGAACAAAUGAAAGCGAUUCGAAUCGCCUAUGAGAGGGAAUAUAAGAAACCGCUUGAGCAGGAGGUCGCAUCAGAAACUUCUGGAGAGUUCAAAGACCUCCUGGUCGCUCUCGUUACUGGUAGCAGAGACAGCAGUCAUGACACUAACGAUGCGAUGGCCAAAGAUGAUGCAAUUCGUCUCUUUGCUGACGGUAAAGCAAAAUUAGUAGCUAAAGAUUCCCCUUCUCACUUUCUAAAAAUCCUAGCCACUCAGAAUCAGUAUCAACUGAGAAAGGUGUUCGCUGAAUUUGCUAAACUUUCUGGGUCAUCAAUAGAGAAAGCAAUCGAAAAGGAAUUCAGCGGUGAUCUCCAAAAGAGUUAUUUGACAAUUGUUCGAGCUGCUUCUGACAAACAGAAGUUCUUUGCCGUGCAGCUGUAUAACUCAAUGAAGGGUUUGGGAACUCGUGACAACGAUUUGAUUCGUGUUCUUGUAACUCGUUCCGAAGUCGACCUCGAGCUCAUCAAGCAAGAGUUCCAAGCACUCUAUAACAAGUCGCUCGAGGAAAUGAUUAAGGGUGAUACUUCCGGACAGUAUCGUGACGCUCUUUUGGCGAUUGUCAUGGGAAAUCGUAACUGA